CUUCAGAUUUCAGUAUCGUCCCUUCCUUCGCCGCGUACUAACGUGUACCGGGUGACUUCUCCACCUUCCAGCAAAGUCUUUCGCAUUCUUAAGCCUGCGAUCGCGUUUCGCGCUAAAUUAGAUAAACGAGCGUUUGAGUAGUACAAGUGCAGAACUGUGGAGUACCGUGACACUCGAAGAAAUCUCGUGACGAGAGCUGAUUGCCAUUUUUGGGUUAACCUGCCACCAUCUCGUUCUAAACUGCGACUAGCUUAGUAGCGGCUACUUAGCUGAGAGUGAAGCGCGCAAGUUAACAACCGACAUCAAUAACGCGCAUUUAAUGAACCUAGUCAAAGCAAUGACUCACCACAGCGCAUCUCCCAUCGCGUGAGCUCAACAGCAAUCGAUCAACGGCACACCUGUCAAAGUACAUGACCUCAAAGCAGCAUUAAGUCGUCAUCCCCAACAAAGUCAUCACACCAGCGCAGGAUGUCCUUCUCCAUCACAAAGCUCAAAAACAUCCUGCAAAGCAGCACAUCGGUCGAGGACUCCACCGCGACCUCACCGACCACGCCAACCUCCGGCAGUACUUCAAAAUUUUCCCGCAAAUCCAACCGCGCCAACAACAACGACCGGCUCGAACCCGAGGUCGGCUUCAAGCUAACACUCGACCCGGGUUCGUGUGCCGGCUACGAAAAUGGUGGCAGUGGCGAUGAAGCGAACGGCAACCACAGUUCAUCGGGCAAAACAUCGUCAAGUGAAAGCUCCGCAAACACUGUGGUACCGGAGCUGCAAGUUCACCUGGUGGGGGCGCGCCAUCUGACGGCCAGUUUCGGACUUAAAAGCGUCGAGGGGUACAUGAUUAAGAUUAAGCUGUUCCCGGGCACGAUCAAGCUGGACUCGUCCAUUCAGACGACGUCGUGGCCCACGUUCGGCGAAACGUUCCGGUUUCCGCUGGCUGCUAGUCACAAAUCUUCAUUCAGAGUCAAGAAGAAUCAGCCAAAGGAGGAGAAACCGCAGGAGACAAUUCCGGAGAAGUUGUUCAACGGAAAUUUCGUCGUGUUCACAGUAUUCGCUCUGUUGGAGCUGCCGCCAGGGUACACGGCCACGCUGAAGCACAAAACGAUGACCUUCAUCCGGCAGGGCAGCCAACGGCUCAAGGACAAACCCGUGAUCGGCAAGCUAGUCAAGGACGUCGAUCCACCGGACGCCAAAAGCGCCAACUUUGACCAGAAGCAAAACCUUAAGAAGCUUACCACGAGUGAGAGCCAGCGCAACCUGGGCUCGGUAACGUACUUCCUGGAUCCGAAGGCGUUCAAGGAGGUGUGCAAGGGCCGCCUCUUCCAAACCGAGGAGAUGUGGCUGCCCAUCAAGGACAUCACGGUUACGGGUCAACCGGCAGAAACGAGGGCUGCUCAAAUAUUCCAAUGCCCAAAGGGCCAAGUCGAGGUCACUCUUCAGCUCUGUGACUACACCGACGUCAACCUGAACGACACACCUUCCCAGGAAGACCUGAGCUUCAACAUCGAGGGUCCGUACUCGCCGAGUUCGUCCACCUCGUCCUCUUCCGCCACCAGUCCAACUCCCCGCCUGCGGAAGGAACCUUCCUGCGGAUCCCCACCGUCUUCCUUGCACUCCCAGAAGAACCGCUUCAGCUUCAGCGGCGUCAAGCGGAUCGUCAAAAGUGUCAAAAACAAAGACAAAAACCACAAGGGACUCUGUCUGAAGAUCUCAACCGCCAAGAUUCGCUGCGGCAUCAAGGUAAAGGAGGAGUUCGGGGUCAACGAGAAGAUCUACCUGAAGACUACCGUUCUGGAGCACGAAAUUCUGUCCGCGACCUGGAAAUCGGAACCGUUCCGGCCGACGCUUUCGACCCGGUGGAACCAGGACGAUUGCACCAUCGUGGUCCCGUUGAGUAGUCUGUCGGGGUUGGGUCACAUUUCCAUUAGGGUGGCACUUGCCGCUAAGAACAAGGUCGGCAAGAAGGUGUACCUCGGGCAGGUCAUGCUCGGGCCGAACGCGCCCAGUACGAACCCGGUGAAGCAGGAACAGUGGCAGAAGAUGGUCGCGUACAAGGGGUCGCCCAUUGCGGUGUGGCACAGUUUCGAGUAGGAGAGGGAGGUUGUUUCGUUUGAUGCAUUUCUAGACUUUUGACGAUGAAGAAAAAAUGUAGAAUAUUUGUGUCAUACUAAGUUACUCUUCCAUAACUGUGAAAUGUUACCAUCAUUUGUCUAAUAAACAAAGGACUUAUUUAUCACUUG